UGCAGCAGCACAAGUAGUAGUAGGAAGGGAACAGUCAGGGCAGUUUGUACAGGCUUCCUAUAGAUCACUCUGCUGAUCAGGGUUGCUAAAAAUCUAACCAUCCGCUCCACCUCCCUCUUCCCAAAUCCCCUUUUCUAUUUUUUAUUUUAACCAUUUUUAUAUUAGCGACCUCCCUACCAUAUUUUUCUCCCCCCUCCCCAUUUUUUUUCAUUGCAACGGGUCUAAGAGGAUGCAGAAGAUCUUCUCUUCUGCCAGCACCCAUUAAAGCAGCAAAGAAGAUCAUCUUAAUUUAAAAAGAGCAAAAUAAAAAAGCAAGGCGCACGUACACACACUGGCUUUGCAACGCAUUGACAUCCCUCCCUGAUCCUUUGUUUUGCAUCCUUUACUUGUGAUUAAUAGCAUUCAGUAAGGAAGGAGCGAUUUUUCCGUUUUUUUUUUGUUUUGUUUUUUUAUUAUUAAUACUAUCCCCCCUCCCUUCCCCAUUCCCACACCGGUAUUUUUUUUUUUUUUUUGGUCACUUCCCUUUGUGCAAUUGCAAGGGGCCGGUCUCAUUGUGUGGGUUUCUGUUAGAGCAGCGUGUAGUUUUUUUCCUAGUGCUCCUUUUCUUUUUCUUUCUUUAUUUUGUUCAGCAUUUUUUUUUUUUAUUAUUUAUUUACGUACGAUCGGUUAUUUCUCAUCUUCACAUCUAUAUUUUCACGAAGACCGCAGCAUCCUUUUGUACCUUGACAUCAGAAGACGGCAACUCCAAACUAACAUGGCAGUCAGACUGUGUGAUGUGGCUUCUCUGCUUAGAAGUGGUUCGUGGGCAGCAGAGCCUUGGACUGGGGUAAUUGCUGCCAUGGAAACACAGCUGUCAAAUGGGCCCACUUGCAAUAGCACAGCCAAUUGUCCAAACAACAUAAACUGCUCAUCACCUGUUGACUCUGGCAACACAGAGGACAGCAAGACCAACUUAAUAGUCAACUAUCUUCCCCAGAAUAUGACACAAGAAGAACUGAAGAGUUUGUUUGGGAGCAUUGGUGAGAUAGAGUCCUGUAAGCUAGUGAGGGACAAAAUUACAGGACAAAGCUUGGGUUAUGGUUUUGUGAACUAUAUUGACCCUAAGGAUGCUGAAAAAGCAAUCAAUACCCUGAAUGGAUUGAGACUUCAGACCAAAACAAUUAAAGUUUCCUAUGCUCGCCCAAGUUCAGCUUCCAUUAGGGACGCAAAUUUAUACGUUUCUGGACUACCAAAAACAAUGACACAAAAGGAGCUGGAGCAGCUGUUCUCCCAAUAUGGCCGCAUCAUUACGUCACGUAUUUUAGUCGACCAAGUAACGGGUGUAUCAAGGGGAGUCGGCUUCAUCCGCUUUGACAAAAGGAUUGAGGCAGAGGAAGCAAUCAAAGGUCUGAAUGGGCAGAAGCCUCCUGGAGCAACAGAACCCAUCACUGUUAAGUUUGCAAAUAACCCAAGCCAAAAAGUGAAUCACACAAUUCUUUCUCAACUGUAUCAGUCCCCAAACAGACGAUACCCAGGACCACUUGCUCAGCAGGCUCAACGUUUUAGGUUGGACAAUCUGCUCAAUAUGGCUUAUGGCGGAAUAAAGAGUAGAUUUUCUCCAAUGACUAUCGAUGGCAUGACCAGUUUGACUGGAAUAAACUUUCCUGGGCAUGCUGGAACAGGAUGGUGCAUAUUUGUUUACAACCUGGCACCCGACGCAGAUGAAAGCAUCCUGUGGCAGAUGUUUGGUCCAUUUGGAGCAGUCACCAAUGUGAAAGUCAUCCGUGAUUUUAACACCAACAAAUGCAAGGGCUUUGGGUUUGUGACUAUGACAAACUAUGAUGAGGCAGCAAUGGCUAUCGCCAGCCUCAACGGGUAUCGCUUGGGUGACCGUGUUUUGCAAGUGUCUUUCAAAACCAGCAAGACACACAAAGCUUAACAAGUUACCUUCACUCCCGUUAACACACGAGCGCCAAAGGCAAGUUUAAGAGACUUUAUACCUUGAAAAAACUCUUUUGUCCUUAUGGGGCAAAGUGUGAGGGUCGGGGUGAGUUAGUCGACAAAGUUUAAAAAAAAAAAAAGUUUAGCAUCAUUCGAACGUGAGGUUUUGUUAUUGCUGGUCUUUACAUUUCUAUUUCUUACCUUUUAUGUUUGAGAAUGGACACUAGGCAACAGGGUUUUUACCUGUCUCACUGCAUUAUAAUGCCUUCUAUUGAGGGGGAUCUUUUAAAAUAUUUCAGUGAUGGGAAGAAACCUUUCAUUUUGUUUUUACAUGACUGCCUUCAAACUUAUGAGUAAUUAAGGCAAUGUGGUUUUGUUUUGUUUUGUUUUUUUUGUUCCUCAAUUUACAUUCCAUGGUAAUACAAUACUGUUUCAAUCUACCAACAGUAUUAUUUAUUUGGAAGUUUACACAUUUUGUUUAAACCAUAUUUAUUUUGUAACUAUUGUUUUGGGGCGGGAUGGCCUCUAUUCAAAAAACAAAACCUAUUGUAAGAAUACUGGAGACUUUUCAUAAAGCAGUACCUUGCCAAAGAGAUAAGAACCUCUUUGAUGUGGGUUUCAAAUGAGAAAAAAUAGCAUCUAUUUUUAUAAAAAAUAAAAAUAAAAAAAUUUGGAGAAACUUUUUACUGGUCCUGGAACAAAAUAUUUUGACUUGAAUACUUUGUGAAAUCUACUUCAUAUGACAACCUUGUGAGCUUUUACCUUACCAGGAUAUUUGUGCGUGAUCAGUAUUUUUCGGGAGGGGGGAGGAAU